CACCCAGGAAUGGAGCAGAAACAGCUGAUGAAAACAACGACGCACAACAUAGAGCAAAGUACAUCUGCCCCGGGAAACACCCCUCCGUCAAUAUGGUCGUAGUUGAUAUAAAUUUAGAUGUCCAAACCAAUUGAAUGAUCUGUGAUAUUAGGUAUGGCGGACAAACGCAGACAACCAGUGGAGGAGGACAAUGUCCUCAAAGCAGAUAUAAUCUACCUGUUGAUGAGAAAAAAAUACCAUGUGUCCUGUAAUUUACGGGUACAGUGGUAUUUGGACCACCUCAACACUUUAAUUUGCCUGCCACCACCAUCGGCCCAACAGGACUUGGAUAAUGAAACAGCUGAUCUGAGGAUUGUCUCAGUUUUGCCUGUUGAGCCACCCAGUGGGUGGAGGCCAGAAGUUAGUCAUUGCUACCGCUACCUUGUCACUGCCCAGUCAUCUGUUGUGUUCCUUACCCACAGAUAUAGAUUUGCCUUUUGUCUAGAUAUGAGUCCAUCUGUAUCAGCAGUGGAUAUUCAACAUGGUGAAGUUAUGUCUGAUGAGACGUUGACUGCAUUUAGAAGGAGUGUUGAAGGCAUGAUAAAACCUUUUACAAUACCAGGCUCCUGUUUAAAAUUUCAGCCAGAUAUUUAUGUGACAGUCAUAGCACAUACGCCUUUUUUUGCUACACCUGCACAACAGGUACUAGUUCAAGGGUGGAGAGUUACCCCACAUAAUGUAAAGGACUUAUUAGCUUGUAUUGAGUCUCAACUUAUCAUGUUAGAGGAUGUCGUGGCUGAUGUAACUAGGUCAGCUCAUGAACAGCUUGAUGCCAUGAGGGCUGAAUCAGAGCGUUUAGUUGGGGAUUUAUUUGAAGAGGAGCACUCUGAAAGUCAUGCUCCAUCAAUUGGUGUUGUUAAUAUUCCUAUGGUUAGCCCCGAUGCUGGUUUUAUAAACAUGCUUCGGUAUGGCCUUCUGGCCCUCAGACUACUUCCAGACUGCAGUUCUUCCAAUUUAGUCGUUCUCACAGACGGAGUAAUAGCUACACCAGAUGUGAAAGUUCUGGACUCUGUUGUUACUCAACUUCGAGCAAAUGCCGUAGCCUGUUCUUUCAUUCAUCUGGGUAGUAGGUUCCAUCCCCAGUGUAGUGCAGGCUUGGUGCCUUACCGAGAUCUACUGCAAUAUCUUGCCAGUGCUACUCAAGGCUCAUUUGUCACCAAUCCGGGUGAGGUUGUAUCAGAACCAAUGAGUAUGAAUUUCUACCACAAAGCCUUCCUUACCUGGUCAUUCAAACGGCCGAGCUAUGAGUUCAACACACCUUUGCCUCAAGAAGGAGAGUGGCAUGUCAGCAACCACCUGUUUUAUGGACGCCAUGAACCUCAGCUAUUGUCAAAGAAGCAAGCAGAGGACAAACUCAACAUAUCACUGCAUAGCCUUCUAUGCUGCAGAUUACACCAAGGAUAUACAGUCAAAGGGGUAUGCAUGAAAGAUGGCCAAGUUGAACUGAACCUGGUCCAAGCAUGGAAUUCUCACAUAUAUCUUGACUACAAAGUGACAUCGCCCUGGCCGGGGGGGUACCCUGUUCAUUACUCUCUCUCUAUUCAAGCACCAUAUGAAUUUCUGCAUGACAUCACGUGUUUGAUGAAGAAGCCUCUUGGUUCACCAUACCGGCAGCUUGUUGUUACUCGAUUUUGGCACACGCUCAAAAUAUUGGGACAGUCUGACCAGUUGCUAAUACACUUGCACUCUCUUGGGUCAGCUGCUUCAACGCCACCUGAUUUUGUGAGGAGUGGGCUGCCCCUUUUUUAUGCUCCCUCUUUGUCUGAUCCCAAAACACUGCCUAUUCUUGCACCUAGAGACCCAAGUUGUCAACAGUAUGCCCAAUUUUGGCAACCUCUCACCCGUUUGGAUCCGGCAAUGUGGCAGCGAUGGCUUCACACCCACAAUCUUGUUCUUCUGCUCCGUCAUGAUAUGCCACUUCCUCAAUACCUUCAUUUACCAAACAACAGUGGCCGUUAUCAGGUUGUUCAGUGCCGACAUGCAGCACUGUCACUUUAUGCUUUGCUGAAGGACUGGAGCUCUUUUGUACUAAUUGACAACCACUCUUAUGUGAAAUUUGUGCCAGGAGUGUCAAAAGAUCCAUCAUCUUCAUGGUUUUUUCUAAUAAGAGCCACUUCUAAGCCACCUUGUGUUGUGGUGCAGCUGGCCUUUCUUGGUGGAGCCCCAUCUGAUCUCAGAUAUCAGAUGGUAGAACAACUUUCUGAAAAAAUUCAGGCACUCACCUUUCCCCAGAGACCCUCUUCCAAUACUAGUGCUAGUUGUUGCCUGUUGCUUCACAAACCUGUUGACAAAAUCCUGAUCAGGUAUGAGCGCAUGCCGUCUUCACUGGACACUGUAGUCUUUCCAGACGGAACGCAGCCUGCGUUACCUGCUUAUAGCGGUAAUGCCAUCACAGCUGGCUCUGGGUCACUCUUGACAACGCUUUCUCGGUACCUUCAUCAUCGCCGUUGGGUUUGGGCAGCACAGAGUAGCCCUCAUUUUCCACUUGCACAGGAGUCAAUUGCAAGGAUUCUAGCAACUCUUACCAAAACAAGAUUAAAAGAAGGGUUUAGCUUUGCCCAUUCAACUGCAGGAAUCAUCAACUUGGUCUUGGAAGUUGAAAUGAAGCAGCAAGAGUGUGGAGAUGAAAAGAACCCGCCUCAGUUCUGUGUCGUGCAGUAUGUUCUUUUUCCUCCACAUGUUGCCAAUACCAGCAUGAAGGACAGUGGUUCUGAGGACGAAGGAGUAGAUGAUGGUGAUGUGAAUGAAGAUGGAGAAAUGCAGCUUGUGAUGGAGUGUUGGGUUGAGCCGCAACAUGGCAAGGUUACCAACUCACCCCCUCAACGAUCUUAUAUGAAUGGGCUGCGCUACUUCCGUAUUGCAGAUGCUAUAUGCCAAGUGGAUGCUCAGUGUAUAUCUUCGCUUCUUACGAUGGAACAUGUUCGACUCAUGUGUGAACAAGGACAUGUGCAUCCUCCACCAUCAUGUGAUGCUGCUCAAGUUUUGUCAGAGUUUCCCAAGGAGGCUGCUGUAUGGGCUGAAACUAGGAUUCAAUGUCUUCCCUUUGCGUACAACUUAACAAGCUUACUUCCUCAUUGUCAACAAGCAGAGCUUUUGUUUUCAAUGUUUAUCCAAGAUCUUGCCGUUGGUGGUGCAACAGUCAAUGGAGCUGUCGAGCAGAACCCCGAUGCACCCAACCAGAUGCUUCUCAGCAUUAUGAUGGAUCAGCUGAGUGUUUUGCACGACAGGGAGCUCCCACUUAACGAGGAAGACUCCGAAAGGUUUUUGGAUCAUUUGAGGAAACGCAGUCGACCAUCAGUUGCGCCACCACUGCCAUUGCCAGAUCUUGCAGACACCAAGCCUGGCAAAGGAGGAAAUUGGCGCUGCUUUGUACGUCGAACUAGUCCCAACCGAGUUCUGCUCACCAUGGUGCCAGCCAGCUUCGCUGACCUCAAGGCCAUCAUGAUUCCAAACCAGAACCUGGACAGGCACCCAGGGGUCAAAUUACUAGCUCAGCAAAAUAGCACUUUCGACACCGACUGCUUCGACGGCGGCCUCUCGCACGUGGUGACGGGGACGCCCGAGGCCCCCGCCACCCCGCUGCCGCCGGUCACCCCCGCCACGCCGCACACGCCUGCUUCAGCCAGUGCCUCAGCCAGUGCCUCCGCCGCCUCUGCCAGCCAGCAGCAGCAGUCCUGCGACUCGGCGUUCCUCUUGAACCACUUCUCCCGGCGGCUGCGCUCCACCGAGGCGGAGGCCUCGUCCGUGUCGCCGCUGCUCGACUCGCCCUUCCGCAUGCGCGCCGCGUCCUGGGACCCCAAGUCGCAGUCGGGCACGGGGUCGGCGGCGUCCUCGCUGGCCGGGAAGCGCGGCCGCACCAGCUCCAUGGGCGCCAAGGCCAAGCCGUGCAAGCUGAGCCUGGGCAGCCCCAGCCUGGACGUGUCCGCCGACGCGGCCGCCGACACGUCCGUGGACGCGUCCGCCGACCCCAGCCCCGUGGUGCUGACGGGCACCGGCACGCCCGUGACGCCCGUGACCACGGCGGAGUCGUCGCCGCUGUCGCAGUGGAUGACGACGGCCUCCACAUCCGCCUCGGUGUCGGCGUCCGCGACCAGGACGCAGUCCAUGGACUCGAAGAACAAGCGCUACUCGGCCAGCCACAGCCAGGUGUUCCUGCGCAAGGACGGCGGCGACAGCGGCCUGGGCCUGGCCAUGCACCGCAAGCGCUCCAGCUCCAUCGACCUCAAGCUGCGCCUGCCGUCGCGGCGCCGCACCAUCUCCUCGCAGGCGUCGUACACACUGGGCUCCCCCAACGCGGACGCCAGCACGCCCGUCAAGGCGUUCCCCGUGCCGGCCGUGGCGGCCGUGCCGGGCUGCGGCAAGACCCUGGAGGGCUCCGUCACGCUGCCCAUCUACGUGUACGACUGCCCGCUGACGCCCAGCGCGGACCUCGGCGCGGACCUCCCCGCCGACAUCUUCGAGGACCGCACCUUCAAGUGGGACUGGCCUCAGCUGGGCCGCGCCGUCAGCAUGACGUACUCGCGCUGCUUCGUGCUGGCGCUGUUCGAGGCGCUGCACGGCAGCCUGCACGUGCACGCCGUGGACGUGCAGGCCGCCGUCGACGAGUGCGAGGAGGCGCUCGUGGAGGUGGACAUCACCCGCUUCCUGCACACGGUCUGCGGCCACCUCGGCGGCGGCGGCGCGGCGCACUGCCACGAGCUCAAGCUGCUGCACCGCCUCAUGAAGGACAAGUUCCGCAGCAUCCUGCACGCGUCGUUCCGCCCCGUGUCCACGCACCCCGAGUUCCACUACUGCGUGCCGGCGGGCGCGGGCCCCGGCUGGGACCACAAGCGCCUCCCCAGCGGGCUGCCGGGCGGCCUGCAGGGCCUCCAGGGCACGCCGCUGCACGUCGGGCUGUCCACGCUGCACGUGCCGCUGCACGCCCUGCACGACCCCAUGCACGUGGGCAGCCUCGGCCAAGGCCUCGGCCUGUACCCGCCGCAGGACCUGACGCAGCUGGCCGGGCCCGGCCACGCCGGCUCGGGCUGGGACGGCGUGCUGCUCGCCACGCCCGACGACGCGCACACCUCGCUGCUCUCCAACAUGGACUCCAACUCGCUAAGCGAGGUGGUGGACGACGGCCAGCUCGCCGAGGAGGUGUCGCCGCUGUUCCUGCACCUGGUGUGCUCCGUGCACGCGCACGGCGACAUGGCCAGCUACGCCAGCCGGGUGCUGCCCACGUGCGUCACCGAGCUCGCCCGCGGCCUGGAGGACAGCGUCGCCAACAACUGCAGCGGCACCGGCAGCGGCGCCUCCGUGCCCACCAGCACGCUGCUCGCCGGCCAAGGCUUCCAGGUGACGCUGGACAUCCUCUGCCUGACGCUGCCGCGAGAGCCAGAGUCGCUGUCGCUGACGGAGACGCCCCAGUCGGUGCCAGUGGCGCAGCCGCAGCAGGCGGGCCUGUCCACUCCCACCACCCCGGUGCUGCAGCAGCAGCUGUCCAACAUGAGCCAGACCAGCUUCAGCUCCAUGGAGGAGCGGCUGUCCGCCGACCAGCUGGGCCACCUGCCGGACUACCAGCAGCGCGCCGUCAACAAGCUGGUGCUCGAGCUGCGCUGGCUCAUGCGCGACGAGAUCGCUGCCUGCGCGCUGGACGACUGGCCCGUGACGGAGGCGACGCUCUCCAUGGUGGCGGAGCACAUCUCCGGCUCGCUGGGCAGGUCCACCUGCCUGCUGGAGACGGUGCCGCUGCACUUCGUGUACGAGACGGGCAAGUGCCUCAGCAAGUUCCUGGAGGCGCUGGCCGACCUCCGCGUCAACGGCUACCGCAUGCAGGCCGAGGGCAGCACCUUCUUCAUGGUCAAGGACGCCGUGAGGGACGCCAAGGACGCGUGCGUGACGCCGUGCGACGCGUCCGAGGCCGGCUGGGACGUGGCCGAGGCCGAGGUGGAGGCGAGCACGCCCGUCAUGCCCAGGGUGGCCACCGAGAGCACCAUCGAGCAGUCCACGGACGGCUCCGGCUCGGCGAGGGACUCGGUGUACACCGUGCACACCGUGCACCAGGCCCACGGCUCGCAGGGACACGGCGUGCAGGGCCAUGGGCUCGCCGAGGAGGCCAUGCUGGCCACCCCCAUGACCAUGAUGCUCAACCCGGACAGCGACCUGUGCAAUUGGAGCGAGGCGGCGGCUCGACAUAGCGAGGUGUCCAGUCUGUUCGAAAGCGCACUCGGCACAGAAGACGGUUACGAUGGAGGUAGCAGUGACUCAGGACAAGAUUGUGCUUGGCUGCUUGAGCUUGAGAGGAGUCGUGACAAGUUGCCUAACUUUUGGAUCAUUCUACGAGUUGAAGGGGACCUUGUAUAUGUGUAUUUCCACUGCAGAUUUCUUGAUAUGGAAACUGAGGAAGUUUCCUCAUACAGAGCAGUGUUCACUGGAGUUCUUGAACAGCUGCGAAGGCUUUGCAUUCGUGUUAAUCAGACAUUGCUUCUGUCGUCACUUCAUGAAACUCUGCUCUGUGAUACCUUGCUAGAACCGGAGCAGGUUGAUGAUGGUUGGCAUGGUGACACAGUCCUUCAUCGACUUAAAUCAUUGGAGGAUAACCGAGACUCGAACCAAAGUUCUGCUGAUUCUCUGUCCCUGAGUGGGAAAAGUCUUGCCAAAUUUGAUGCGGGCCACUUUUCAUGCGGUGUUGUAUGGGAGACGCACUUUGUCCUUCAUCCUCGCCUCAAGACUGGGCCCCCUGGGAAAGGAGGGCUUUCCCGAGGCAUCCAAGCGCUCCGCAAUGUCCUCAACCACCUCAGUGUCACCAACAGGCGGAACAUGUUUGUGUACAGGGACAGCCAGGGCAAUGUCUUCUACCUCAGGCUGCACGAAAACCAGCGCAGCAUGGCCAAGAUCAGCGCCCCCUGCGGCCCCAUGAGUGGCCUGGGCUCCAUGGGGGGGUCCAUGGGCGGGUCCAUGGGCGGGUCCAUGGCGGGGCCGUACGCGUACGGGCUGCACGGCGGCCUGCACGGCGGCCACGGCCCCUACGGCCCGCCGUACACGGGGGAGAGCUCGCCGUGCUCCGUGUCGCGCAGCUCGUCGACGGCCUCGCUCAACACGUCGAGGAGGCUGCACCCGUCCGGGCCGGGCAGCGUGCACGGCAGCGUGCACGGCAGCGUGCACCACGCCGAGGACGGCGCGUCCGUGUCGUCCAUCCCCGGCGCCGACAUCCACGCCUACAACCACAACCUGCGGCCGCGCGUGCGCUCCUUCGGCGAGAAGGACACGCCGCUCAGCUCGUCCGGCGAGGGCCGCUGGAGCCUCGGCGUGAACGCGGUGCACGCGCACGGGGUGCACCACGUGCGCGAGGACUACAUCACGCUGCGCGUGCACGGCAUCUCGGACGCCGGCGCCGACGUGCGCCAGGACCUGAUGCAGGCCCUGCAGAGCAGGCUGGACGUGGCCGUGCUCGACGUGCUGUCCGUCAUGCUGGCCAGGAACCCCAUGUGCAAGCUCUCCGCCGAGGACGUGCACUUCAUCCAGCGGCCCCACCAGCCGCCCGAGACCACCGUGCAGUUUUCUGUCCCGGCGCAUGCAGAUCUUCAUGUUCAAGCGCUGGCCUUCUAUCUUCAUCAAGAUCUGCUUCACUUCCUUCACCAACCCAAGUACACAGAUCCCCAACCCAGUGGACACUUCCAGGACUACUCUCAGCAAGUGGAUUCUCCCUCAUACAUCCCAGAGGGAUACUUGUAUUUGUACAACCAGACUGCAACUAGUGGAAGUCGAGGUCUCGCUUGCCUGGCUGUAGGAAUCAUGGAUCGGGCAGGGCACCUCAUGUUAAGGAACAACCCCUACCGUAGACCUCAGCUCUGGGCUCAUGCUGAAGCACCUCUGCCUGAGCACUUCCAGGACUUGACGAGUGUGCACAGGUAUUGGCCAGAUGCGCCUGCUCCUUGUGGCGGCACUGCCACCCCCGAUGCGGAACUGGAGUCUGCAGCAAGGGUGGAGUUCCGUAUCUGGCAGAAGGGGCGUGUCAACUUGGAGGUUCUGGUCCAGAAGCUGGAGAGUGCAGUUCGACACGCUGUGUGGGACCUCCUCACUGAGUUCACCAUCUUGACGGCUCCCAUUGAGGAGUCCAGCACACCUGCACCCACGCCAGUGCUCACCCCCAACACCACGCCUUCCACCACCCCCAACUCCCUCUCUCUGACCCUCUCACUGGACCGUUUGAAUUCUCAGCCAGUCAACUACUCCUCUCGCUCUCAGCUGCAUCCAGUUUACCAUAAAUCCAUGCAGCCGUGGCUGGAGUACGCUGUUGAUCUCGGAGUGGCUUCAGUCCGCAAACACAACGUACAACUUGCCUCAAGGCACUCACUUGCCGUAGCAGUCCAGGAGCUGGAAUCGUUAAUAACAACACACGCCAAGGACACUCGCACUGCUGUCUUUGCAGAGGAGACUGACUCCAGCGGUGCAGUGACAUACCGAGCUUGCCGCUGGAAUGAGGAGUCUACUUUCUUGCCCACACGGUGCCUGCUCCUCACCCGUAACCCAUCUCAGUGGAGAUGCUUUGUUGCUGAUCCCAGGGGACCUUCUUCAAAGGCGGAUGCUAAAGUUGCCAACAAAGGACUCCAAAAGUUUCUACCCCUCUUUGGGACUACACCUCAUGAACAUCGCUUUGUCCCAAGACAGCGAUUCCUCCUUACAGUAGUCACCAGCAAAGACAUGGAAAUCCUCACUUAUAAUUGGUCCAAAGAGUCUGUGGACAGUUUGAUUUACCAGUCCACCCUGCUGGGGCACUGGCUGAGUGCCCGGUCAAGUCUGCUGACUAGUAUAGUGUGCCAGAAGAUGGGCCUGUUUCACAACCAGCCAUGCAUUCGGCCUUCAGACAACAAGCAGAGCAACCCCUACAUGAGCCGGGUCGGGGACUUGGAGGUGCUCACCAAGUUCCCCCGCAAGGAGUCGCUGGGCCCGACGGGCAACUCCGGCGGUCCGCGUCGCAGCGGCGGCUGGAGCGGCAACAGCGGCACGACGACGCCCACCUCGCCGGCGCCCUCCGGCCAGGGCGGCCAGGCGGGCCAGCAGGGCGGCCAGCACGGCGGCGGCCAGGGGCUGCCGCUCAGCGCGCUACAGCAGGUGUACCGGGACUGCCGGGCGGCGCCGCUCAGCUCCGCGCCGGGCGACCUGGUGGUGCGCCACGCGCGGCAGAUGAUCGCCACGCGCAGCCUGGACAAGCACGCCGACCAGCAGCGCAAGCUGAACAGCCUGUGGCAGAGCCGCGGCGGCGCCACGCCGAACAUCCCGCUGGCCCCGGACGUGCUGCAGCUGUUCCUGCAGCACGCCCGCACCAUCCACUACUGCCUGACGCCGCUGCUGUUCCUGCCGCGCUGGCGCGUCGACUCGGCCGCCACGCGCGACCACUCGCUCAGCGUCAGCCCGCCGAGCAUGCCCAUGGCGAGCAUGAGCGUGGCGCAGGACCGCUGGCACGCCGCGCUGUGCGCCAACUUCGUGCACCAGUACCAGCAGUACCUGCAGACGCUCGGCUUCAUCCCGGUGCUGACGGAGGCCGCGCCCGUGGCCGCCGCGCCGGGCACCGUGCCGCGCCGCCGCCAGAGCCACUUCCUGCAGAAGUCGCUGCUGGGCGGCGUGCUCAUGGUGGAGCUGCUGCUCGCCGAGCCCUUCUUCCACUCGCGGCUGCACGCGCUGGAGUGCUCGCGCAUGCAGACCAAGUCCCCCGCCUUCAUCUCGCAGUUCACCGUCAGCUUCCUGGACGAGUGCGACCGCGUCAAGGUGCUGCUGCACCUGCACUCGUUCGCCUACGACUACCACCUGCGCUGCCUGCACGGCUGCGUGACCUCGCCGUCGCCGGGGCUGGGCGCGGGGCUGCUGCCCCCCGGCUACCACCUCACGCUCUUCCUCGAGGACUUCCUCAAGUACUACUCCAAGGCGCCCAACUUCGCGCGCAACCUGGUGCACGCCGACACGGUGACGGUGCCGGACAUCGCCACGCCCGGCCUGCAGCUCUUCAGCUACCUGCUGACCAACGACAAGGCCUACGGCAUGGAGGUGUUCCGCAUGGCGCCCGUCACGUACGACGAGCACGCCGAGCACGACGACGUGGCCCUCGGCGCCGCGCACAUGCAGAACGAGUACGUGCUCGUGCAGCACAAGACGACGCCCCACCUGUCGUACCGCGACGUGCACGACCUCAAGCAGACCGACGACUUCGACGUGACGCUCAUCGUGGCGCACGAGGCGGGCACGCCGCUCGGCGAGCUCACGCAGCUCUGCCUCAAGUACUUCAUCGUGCUGACCAGCCGCCGCGAGCGCUACCCCAAGGCCGAGGUGGAGCGCAAGCAGGGCAAGUUCCGCACCGUGUCCACCGCCAACGUGCCCGCCCCCGGCGCCCCCGUGGCGUGCACCGCGCAGCUGGCCGUGCCGGUGGCCAUGCCCGUGGCCAUCCCCAUGAUGCCCGUGGCCGUGCCGGUGGCCGUGCCGGUCGCGCCGCCCAUCAUCGCGUCGCUCACCGACUCCAACGGCUCCAUGCAGUCGGCCUCGCCGUCGGCACCCUCCACGCCAGGGCCAGCUACCCUGAAUGCUCCUACGCUGUUGGAGGUGGUGACUCAGGAUGUUCCCGGUAGCGUGGUGACGGGCAGGCUGCCCUCCCCGGCCUCGGAAGCCACCCCCGACCUCUGUUCCGUACUAGUCUCCCUUGAAUCUCACUCCAGCUCGGUGCCAGAGUUACCCAACACUUUACCCCUGUCAACGGAAUCAGAGUCAGUCAACAGUGAAGCUGGUGGUCCACUGAGUUCCAGCCACCAUGUUGAAAUUAGGCAAGAGGCUGUUAACUACCUUGGAUAUUACUCGUCACAUGAGCAGUUGAUGCAGCAGUUAAUAUUACAGCAAGCAGCCGCUGCUCGCAGCCAUAUUGUGUCUAUGGUUACUCUAGGUGCAAUGCACUGUCGCACCCACAUGCUGUGGACACGACUCAUGUGCCCAGCCGUAGGGAAUAACAUACGUUCCAACCCCAAAGACCACCAGCAGGGACAGAGUUUAAGCUACAUUGAAUUUAGAGAACUGGUUAGACUAGCAGAUGUGGAGCCCUUAUCGGCAUUGGAUUCCCGCUUGAAACCUCUGCUGGCUCAACCUCUCAGCUGGUACCAAGGUUUGGCAAAAUUGUUGGUGACCAAGUAUGCUGAUCACAAUCGACAAUUCUCCGCACCAGAUGGCAGUGCUCAGCACAUAGUGGUGCUCCAUCCUCGCUACCUCGAGGCAUUUGUCAUGCUUUCUCUAGACUUGCACACGGCACGUGGUGAACUUGCUGUUGUUUAUCGAACGCCGCCUGAAGCACUGAAUCAAAGGAAAGAGAGACGGCAAAGUACAGCUUUGAGGCCAUGUUCGGCUGAAGAAAUACAUUUGCUUGUGGAAGGCCUUGUAAAUGCUUGCUGCUUUCAUCUGUGGUCUGGCUUUAUGUAACUCCCUUUCUAACUUUCUGGUGCAUUAUUUAUCCAUGUACCUUUGUUAUAAUUAUUGCCAAGUUGAGUAGGAAUUGUUAUUUGUUUUUAGUUUUUUGUGCGGGAAUUAAUUUUGUUAUUGUGUUGUCUGUUACCGCAUGCAACCAGUCUAUUAUUGUCUUCCUAUUGCUGUUGAACUUAUAACAAGACCCCAGUAGUCAGUAGUCAAGUUUAAUGUGGGUCAAUGUGAUGCUGUUGCUCAUUGCAGGGCUUGUGAUCAUUUUUACUACUCCCUUUUUAUUUUAUAUGUUAUCAUGUGUGAAGAGAGCAUUGUUUUCACUGAAUUGCGGGCAAGCUUCAUUUAUUGUUGUAAAUAUAGUUGCAACUAUCAUAGGAUGUACUUUUAUGCAUCCAAUACUAGUCAGUCCAGAAAUGAUUAUGGCUGUAUUUUUAUUAUUUAGCUUUGAGGGUGCAUUCUUUUUUUUGUUGUUCAAAAAUCGCUACUUCCUGCAUAAUUCUUAGCUUAUCCUUAUGAAAUCUGUAUUAUCUUUAAUAGUGAAAAAUUAUGUUGUUUAGCGCUCAUGGCUUUUAAAAUUAAAACUGAAAUAACCCAUUGAGUAUGUGUUAAAAAUUUUGGAAUGCUUUAUUUUUAUACUUGUUGAUACAAAAUACUAAAGCUUGAUACUUUGCAAUCGAUUCAGCUCAUUGACCAAUGUGUCAGUUAGCACAAUCUCGUUGAAAGAAUUUAAUGCUCUUGAAGCAGGCAAGAUAUGUUUAUAAUAAUGCUAAGGUCAUUAAUGAUGUUUUGAUGAUGAAUUCCUGCUGCCAGUUGGUUCUAGUUUUAUUUGAGACUGUAUGUUUCUUAAAAUGGUCGCCAUAAGUACAAUUAUUUGUGUUCUCUGUUUGCAUUGUCGGUGUAAACACACAAGUUCGUUGAAACUUGAAGCAAACUUCCCCUCAAUGAAGGUUCUGAUGUAAAUUCUGUUUAUAAAUGUAUGAUUAUAAGACUGUUCUUGUUCUUAAACCACAUUUUUUCAUACUGUGUCAGAUUACUCAAUUGUUUGUCAAGAGUAAUGCUCAAACUACAGGGUGAUCAGGUGCCUAAUAUUUUCCAAUUCUUCGUUGGUUUCUUGCUAGUUUUUUUUUGUGUACAAAAUAUGUACAAAAAAUGUGCCAUAAAAAUCAAGGCUGAUCUCAUAUACGUUACUAGAGAUAUUAGUGAAUGGUACAUUUUAGGAGAAAUAUUACUAGUUCUAACUUUUCUGGCAAAGAUGUUAUGUUGAAGAAGAUGUUUUGACCAAAAGUAGUCUUAGCAGGAUAUUUUCCCAUGUUUCAGGUGCUCACAGAUUUUAUCAUGAAUAUAAUGUGAUUGUUGGAAUAAAAAGAAAAAUAAGACAAG